CAAAAUACAGAUACUCUCAACAUUAUCACAUUUGUUGAUAUGGGUUUGUUGCGUAAGAGAUUUUCAGUGGACACAGGCUUCUCGGGAAAGUUUUGAAAUUUGCAAUCAUGUCUGAGAAGAAGGCUGUGAUGAAGAACGCCGACAUGGGCGAGGACCAACAGCAAGAUGCUGUUGACUGCGCCAUGAUUGCUCUUGAGAAAUACAACAUUGAAAAGGACAUCGCCGCCCACAUCAAGAAGGAGUUUGACAAGAGGUACAACCCAACCUGGCACUGCGUCGUCGGUCGCAACUUUGGCAGCUACGUCACCCACGAGACCAGGAACUUUGCCUACUUCUACAUAUCCCAGGUGGCUAUUUUGCUCUGGAAAUCUGGAUAACGUUUGACCAUGCAAGUGCUUAUAACCAUGGCGUCGCGGAGGACUGUGUAGUUCUUAGUGGAGACAUGAUUGUGUCUUAAAGGCGGUCUCGGACCUGCCGGUCAAGAUGGGCUGCCCACAGAAACAUACGUCGCUGUAGUUACGACGCUGUAUAGGACUGCCCUUGGCUGACACCUCUUGUGUGAGAAUGUAUCAACAGGUAGAGAAAUCGUUAGGUCAUUAACUGUGAUCCUCCGACUGAACAUGGACAUGUUGACUAUUUAUCUAUGACAUUCGCUAUACAUUUGUCUCAAAUAAAAAGAAAACAUACCGUU